CUCGGUUAUUAAAACCGAGGCGACACGGUCGGCAACUAGCAAUUAUCUGGCGAACGCUCGGAGCCGCGCACACUCCGAUCUGCGACGCACUAUUUCUCCAGUAGUAUUCUUUCUCUUCUCGUUCCAUCUUCUCGUUUCUUUUCUUCUCUGUUUUUUCUUUUUCUUUUUCUUUUUUCUUUCUUCUCUUUUUCUCGCCACAACAGUCACAAAGUAGCAGCAGUGAACAGAAACUCCGUUAAAAAUUAUUUCGCAACGACGAUACGUUCCGCGGGCACGCGCCGAAUCACGCAGAGGAGUAUAAUUAUUACUUCUUGCGAGUAUUGAAAGUGAAGUGAUGACACAAGUGAUGCAGUAUCAACAGAUGUGCAUGCCUUCGAUGCCAGGCAUGGCUGCCGUGCCUAACCUUCCAAUGCCGAUGCAUCAAUCCGCCACAAUCGAUUACGGAAGUUCGCCCAUUCACUAUCAACCGUACAAUACCGCGUUGAGCGGUCAUCAUCAUCAUCAUCAUCAUCUUCAGACGAGCCAGUCCGCCUACUGGUACCCCACCGGUUCCACGGGUCACAGCCAAAUUACGGAGCCGCUCUCGCCGCCGGCGUACACGGCGAUGACGAGCGUCGCGACCAACACGACCUCGUGGACGACCCACACGACCCACCUCCCCCACCAAUCCCACCUCAUCCCGCCGAUACAGCAUUACUCGUUGCCACCCAGUCCCUCUGAACUCCCCCCGAGCCCCCAGGACCACUCCUAUCAAUGGCCUCUUACACCGCCCGCCGACCACCACUUCCUCGCGACCGAGGAUCACGGAAAGUCCGGCAGGAAGUGCAUAAGGUGCCGUUGCCCGAAUUGUCAAACGGAGAACGGAGGGAGCCAGCUCGGCCUCGACGGGAAGAGGCAACACGUGUGCCACGUGCCUGGUUGCGGCAAAGUGUACGGGAAGACGUCCCAUUUGAAGGCGCAUCUCAGAUGGCACACGGGCGAACGGCCCUUCGUCUGCAACUGGCUUUUCUGCGGCAAGAGGUUCACGAGGAGCGACGAGUUGCAGCGUCAUCUGCGCACGCACACCGGGGAGAAGAGGUUCGCUUGCCCCACGUGCGGGAAAAGGUUCAUGAGGAGCGAUCACUUGACGAAACACGUGAAAACGCACGAGAAUCAGAAGAAGAAAAGUUCGAGGAGGGAGUGUAACAAGGAGAAUUCGUUGGCCGGAUGUGCAUCCGCGCAAAAUACUAUGUAUCAUCCGAUCGGUGGACAGUACGCUAUGAUUUAAGGGGAUAAUAUUUGAAAUGUUUGAAAUGUCCUGGGACGAGGGAGAGAGAGAGAGAGAGAAAUAGUCGUUACGUUCGAUCUUGUAAAUAAUUUUGUCACGAGAAAAAGUUCCUUUCCUGCCACAAUUGUAAUUAUUGUACAUAGAGAAUUGCUGUAUAUUUUUGUAAAAUAUUGUACCAAACAGUUUGAUCCUGAUGAGCGAAAGAAAGAAAGAGAAAAAAAAAAAAAAGAAAAGAAAGAAAAAGGGAGAAAAAAGAAUAUACAACAAACUUCGAUUUGAAA